CAUUUCUGACCUUCAUCUUCCUCCUCUCCCACACGAAUUUCCUCCUCUCGCUGAAAUUCUGUCCAACAUAUCCGAUCCUCUAUCCUCCCCAUUGUGCAUAGAUACAGUCGCGUGAGCUCCCGCGAGGCGUAGUGGACCGCUCUCAAAGACCCGAGGUCUAGAGCUCCGGCUUGAACACCUUCACGAACGACCUACACACGAACGACAGCAAAGACCUCUCCACCUCAAACCAUGCCUUUCCACCCUCCAUCAUGGGUUCCACAGCUCCCGGACAUCCCGGACUCAGUCUCCAUCGAGACCUUCAUGUUCAAUGAGUCCUACGGCAGAUUCCCUCUCGGCUAUUCCAAACCACCUUUCGUCGACGGCCUGACAGGUCAAUCCUACUCCGCUCUCGACUUGAAGGACCGAAUAGAUUGGUUGUCGCGAGCACUCGUCAAAGAAUUCGGAUUCGACCCUCACUCUGGCUCCGAAUGGGAUAAAGUCAUUGCGUGCUUCAGUCUGAACACCAUCGAUUACCUCUCCCUCGCUUGGGCCGUGCAUCGCGUUGGAGGGAUUUUGACGGCUGUUAAUGCGGCGUACAAUGCCUCUGAACUCGAAUUUCAAUUGAAAGAUUCUGGUGCCAAAGCUGUCUUCACAUGCUUGCCAUUGCUCCAAACCUGCAAGGAUGGAGCGAAGAAAGUUGGGCUGGGAGAUGAUAAGAUUUACUUAUUGCCCAUGCCGGAUAUUGUAACUGGAGGAGCGAAGAAUGGUGGGCAUAAGACGAUCCAUGAUUUGGUGAAUGAGGGAAAGAAGUUGGAUCGCUUUGAGCCUUCGGAUUCGAAGUGGAAGAAGGGGCAUGGGAAGGAGAGGUGUGCGUUUUUGUGUUAUAGUAGUGGGACGUCGGGGUUGCCGAAGGGGGUUUGUAUCAGUCAUUAUAAUGUCAUCGCGAACACCCUACAAAUGAACACUCACGAAUCCCUCGAUCGAGAUGAAAUCAACAGACAAGAAGGAGGAACACAUUAUACAGAGAACUGUCUCGGACUGCUCCCGAUGUCGCACAUUUACGGCCUCGUGGUGAUCUGUCACACGGGUAUUUUCCGCGGAGAUGGAGUGGUUGUGCUACCCAAGUACGAUUUCAAGUGGUUGCUCCAGGCGAUUCAGGAUCACAAGAUUGCGAUGUUGUAUCUUGUGCCACCGAUGAUUAUUCACCUUACCAAGGCGAAGGAUACUCUCAAGCAGUAUGAUCUGUCGAGCGUGCGAGCGGCUUUUACUGGUGCUGCACCGCUGGGCAAAGAAACCGCCGACGACCUCGCCAGCACAUUCCCCAAAUGGGCGAUCAAACAAGGCUACGGCCUCACUGAAACCUCCACCGUCGUCUGCGCAACUCCCACCCACGACAUCUGGUUCGGCAGCUCCGGCUCCCUGUUGGCUGGGAUUACAGCCCGCCUCGUAACAGUCGAAGGAAACGAAAUCACAGGCUACGACCAACCCGGCGAACUCUGGGUGAAAUCCCCCGCCGUCGUCCUCGGCUACCUCAAUCGCCCAGACGCCAACAAAGAAACUUUCAUCGACGAGCCCGAUGGGCGUUAUAUGCGAACCGGAGACGAAGCCAUGAUCUCCAAAUCUCCCGAAGGAAAUGAACACAUCUUCAUCACAGAUCGUAUCAAGGAGCUGAUCAAAGUGAAGGGUAUGCAAGUCGCUCCCGCAGAAUUGGAAGCGCAUUUGCUUGCUCAUCCUGCUGUAAACGACUGCGUUGUGAUUGGAAUUCCAUCUGAUCGCGAAGGCGAGGUUCCGAAGGCUUUUGUUGUGAAGAAUCCUGGAGAGAAGGAAAAUGAUGACACGCUGCGAGAAUCGAUCAACAAGCAUGUGCAGGAGCAUAAGAGUAAGCAUAAGUGGCUUGCGGGUGGUAUCGAAUUCAUCGAGGUUGUGCCAAAGUCGCCCUCUGGCAAGAUCUUGCGUCGUUUGGUUCGAGACCAAGAGAAAGCGAAGAUGAAGAAGCAAGGCGCGAAGUUGUAGUGGAAAGGAAAAUUGUUGACGAUAUGCAUGGACUUCGAUUUGCCUGCUCGCUUGGUCACUAUUAUGUUAGGAGAGAUCUUGUAUAUUUUCUGUAAAGAAAGAGAGAGAGAUGUUGUACAACCUUCAUGACCCCCAGAUUGAUCCUACUCGGCGAACGGCACUUUUUGUUGCUCCAACGGAACGUCCGCUUUGUAAGCG